AUGGUAUUUUUUGACUAUCCUGACAAGUUGCCAGACUCGUAUGUGGGUUUUUGGGGCCCUGUUACCGCCACCAUUGAUUGGUGUGAGGAAAAUUACAUUCUGUCGCCAUACAUUGCAGAAGUGGUAAACAGUUUCACCAACUUUGCGUUCGUUGCCUUGGCUAUUUAUCAUCUGUAUAGCACCUACAAGAACCAGUUUGGAGGACUGUACGUCUACAUUUCUCUUGGAUUUGCUUCUGUUGGAAUUGGUUCAUUUUUGUUCCACAUGACAUUGCUCUACGAAUACCAGUUGAUGGACGAAUUGCCAAUGGUCUAUGUGACAGCAUUACCCUUUGGGUACAUUUUCAGUUGGAACCAGCCUCCAGUUAAGAGAUAUCUAUGGAGAAUCGGAACUUUCGUCGUUACUGCCCUGUUCACUUAUAUUUACAUCUUUGUGCAUAGAGACCCUACGAUCCACCAGAUAUUCUAUGCUAUUUUGAACUUUGGUGUUAUCUACAAGACAAUUAAGACAAUCCAUUCAGUGGUGACCGACCCUGCUUCUAGAAAGACUUUAUACAAGAUGCUGGUGUUGGCGGUGUCGUUAUUUAUCUUUGGAUUUUUCAUCUGGAACAUGGAUUUUGUCCUGUGCUCGCAACUGACCGACGUUCGUCGUAACAUUCUUGGUCUGCCACUUGGUGUCUUCACAGAGGGCCAUGGAUGGUGGCACAUCUUCACUGGUCUCGGAGUUUAUUAUUUUAUUAUUUACAACCAGAUCCUGUCCACUUGGAUGUCGGGACGCCAAGAUAGUUAUAAAUUGGUCUGGCACGGUAUAUUUGCUGAGGUUCAACUCCAAAAGGAGAAGGAUGAGUGA